UUGUUUUCGUUCAUUCAUUUAUAUUCGGAGGCAGGGAAUAUAAUACUUUACCGAGAGGUUUUGAGUGUUCUUUUCACGCCUCCUGUCACACGGUGAUCGCGUCUGAAUUUGUGAAAUUGUAUUUUCUAAGCAAAAAAGUGUUCGUGUUACGAAAACAGGAUUUUUAGUGUUCAAUAUGUUGCGAGAUGUGCUCGACGCGUUUUGGAAUGAGGACGUGUGGUUGCCUCCUAAUACUACGUGGGAAAGUUUAGCCCCUGGUCCCGAUAAGGCAGUGGUUUACAACGAUUCCAAUCACGUUUUCUACCCUAUACCGUUAGCGUUCGUGUUUAUAGUUGUACGAUAUGUGCUCGAAAAUUAUGUUUUCAGUGCUUUUGGCAAGUCACUUGGCAUUAAGGACACAAGGCCAAGGAAAGCACCCAAUAAUCCCAAACUAGAGGCAGCGUAUCAGGCGUCACCCAAGCUGAAAGAUGUAUCAAGUUUGGCCAAAAAGUUGGAUCUGUCGGAGCGGCAGGUGGAGCGGUGGUGGCGCCUCCGCCGCAGCCAGGACAAGCCGUCCACCCUGGUCAAGUUCUGCGAGAACGCGUGGAAGGCUACCUUCUAUUCGUGCAACUUCGCAUUCGGCACCUACGUGCUGUGGGACAAGGAAUGGCUGUGGGAUAUUGACCAGUGUUAUAUUGGAUACCCUCAUCAGGGUCUAACCAACGACGUAUGGUGGUACUAUACCAUAUCAUCAGCGUUCUACUGGUCACUGGCCAUAUCCCAGUUCUGGGAUGUGCGCCGCAAGGACUUCUGGCAGAUGUUCGUCCACCACAUCGCCACCAUCGCGCUGCUGUCGUUCAGCUGGAUCUGCAAUCUACACAGAAUCGGGACGCUCGUGAUGUUUCUGCAUGAUUUUGCUGACAUAUUUGUUGAAUUGGUGAAGGCGUCCAAAUACGCGAAGUACCAGCGUCUCUGCGACACGCUGUUCCUGGCGCUUAUCGUCGUGUGGAUCAGUACUCGAAUCGUUAUUUACCCGUUCUACAUAAUAUGGAGCACGUCGAUCCGCGCGCCGAUGCUGCUGCCCAUGUUCCCAGCGUACUACAUCUUCAACUCGCUGCUGUGCCUGCUGCUCGUUCUGCACGUGGUGUGGACCUGGCUCAUACUGCAGAUAGCUUACAAGACCAUACAGGCCGGACAGAUGGAAGGCGACAUCCGCAGCUCUAGUUCUGAUCUCAGCGACAGCUCACACAACUCCAAUCACAAUACUCCUAACCAUGUGAAAAAUAAAAAGACCACAUAGGGGCUAACUUCAGCAGUUAAAGGUUAACUAUCAAGCGUCACGCUCACUAUAUAUACCGAUUGUUAUAUUUUUAGAUACCUUAUAUCGAAGUAAAAAACCGGUAAAUUCCGGUUUCGGACUUAGCUUCCUUGGGAAACUUUGAUACCUCAAUUCACACAGAAUUCCACGAAAUUUCAAUCUUCGGAUCUGCAUGUUUAAUAUUAUUUAAAAUUAAUUUAAGCUUUGUAUAUAAAAAAAAGGUAAUGAAAUGAUAUUAAAGGAAAUUCAUUGUUGAGUACAUGAUGGAUACCAGAUUAUGAUUUUUGUAAUGGUAUGUGUAUUCGAAUUAGACCAAUCUAAGUGCGUAGGUUAUGUUUUAAAGCUACAUUAGUCACAAGAGAACCUAUUGAAACCAAUAGGACUAUACUUCGUCUUGGAAACCGGUAAAAACCGGUUCGAGCCGGUUCUGGAAUUGUUUUCGCGUGGUGACUGUCUCCCUAGUGUGACAAAUGAAUUUAUCCUAUGCUACGUUCUCGUUGUCCCAUGUAUGAGAUAAAACGAGACAGUUAAGCCCGGUGUCUUGUUCUAUUUCGUGCGUGCGGUGACGAAAACGUGUCUAUUGCUACAUUCGUAUGUCACUUGUCUAGGAAUCUCCACAAGUAAAAUUUUUUUAUUUAUUUAUAACUAAUAUAGUAUAAAUAUAUAUAUAUAUAUACAUACGUACAGACAGCCAAGGGUACUAUGAAACAGUUAAGUGAUGUUCAUUUCGAGUCAAGACUGUGAUAGUAUUCAUGAAAAUAAACAAUUCAUAUUUUUACUAUAUUUUUUUUUUUUUUUUAAUUUUCAUUAUAAAAGAUGUUGUAGUUUGUAUUUAUUUAUUAAAAAAAAAAGUUGGUAAAGUUCUCUAACGUAAGUAUAUUAGAUAUUUCGAAUUGUUAUUAUCGUUAGAUGCUGUGUAAUAUAAUAGUAUUUCUUUAGAUUAUAUAGAUAGAGUAUCUUCAUACAAAUGCUUCGAGAAAAGUGGGUCAACUUUUUCAUACAAUUGUGUACGUGAUAAAUAGUUAUGAGUGAUUCCUUUAUAACUUCUAUAUUUAUUUUGUCUUACAACUUCUGCACCUUUUUAAUGAGUAAAAACUCAUUUUAUUUAUUAUAUAAUAAAAUAUAGAUACGUCACGAUACAUCGUGUACGGAAGUAAAUAGAACACUGAUAAAAAAACGUGUCGUCUAAUUUGACAAUUAGCUGACAAAUAGGUGACGCGUUUUUGAGGUUCGAUGCUCUAUCUAUAUAAUCUACUAUGAUUAUUUCAUAAACAUUGUGAAUAUGUGCUUAUUGAAUGUGUCUAUGUAUUUAUAUAACCGACUGUACCUUUUCUGAUAAAAUAGUCGCUAUGUUAUCAUAAAUUGUACAACAAGUAUUACGGGGACCACGUAGAUCGAUUUGUCUCGCUUAUGUAGUAUCCAGCCCCUCUGGAGCAGUGGCAAGCGAAUUCGGUAGGUACGGUUUCGCUAGCGCUCGCAUGAAUAAGAGUAAGACACCAAAUGUUGCUUUCUCGCUUCAUCUCAUGCAUGCGGUGUCGACUACAUGUCUAUCGAUAAAAUUCCUUUGCCAUUUCUCCAGAGGCGUUUUAUAAAAGCGGCUUAUAACUUGAGCGGUUUUACUACAUGAUUUGCGCGGUAAUUUCCACUGCGCAAACUUGAUUGUCUAUGGUUUAUAGGUAUAGGUAAUAUGGGUACCGAUACGAUAUCUAUAUAUUGGGUUUCUCUGGACAUUGAUAGUCGAAAGAAGGUCGUUGUCCAGUUCAGUAUCGCCUAUAUCGGUCGGAUAUCUGUUUUCGAAUAUAUUAAGUCUGUUAUUCAAUAUAUAUUUUUUUUAAUAACAGACUUUUAACAUAUUUGUUAUUGGAUCGAUAUUGUGAUACAAAUAUAUAGAUAUUGCUAUAUAUUUUUCAGUCCUAAUUUUUUUUUAUCCAUCUUAGAAUGGCAAUUGUUCAAGUUGUCCGCCGUGAACUGUAAAAUUUAUAGACAUGGCUUCUAUUAUGUAGAUGUUACGUUUUUAAUAUUUCAAUUUAAUUGGGCGUUUUUAUAAUUUGUCACGAUAAGAUAGUAGAGCAAAUAUUAUCGUAUUUUAUAAUAAAUUAUAAACCAUUUAAAUUUGCGCCGCUCUGUUUUACUUGUUUUUUUUUUUUUUUCUUUUAUUUUAAAGUAAGGGAUUGCACGUAGAUUAAAAAAAAAAAAAAUUAAUGUAUUGGACAGAAAUCGGCAAAUUAUAGAGAUUACGUAACUGUACGCUGUAUAAAUUUGUUUGCAGAAACGUACUACUUGCGGUUUUUUUCCUAAUAGAAAGCUAGUUAUGCAAAAGAGUGUAUGUAACUUUAAUUUUAAAUACUAACUUUCUUGUUCAUAAAAAUUAAAAUCCACAAAUGUAUUUCAACUAUCAGAAAGUUUUGUUACUUUCUUUCAAAUAGGGAAAUUAGCGUGAAAGAAAAAGACAAAAGUCUUCAAUAGUUAAAAUACAUUUAUGAGAGCUUUGACAUUUUUAUGAAUAAAGGUGUAAUUCUAUUUCGCUAUUAUAAUAAUGGCGGAAUUUUAUAAAUGAACGCUGUUGUUUUUUCUUUUUUUAUUAUAAUUUAAUAAAAUUAAACAUUAUUUGUCAUUAGAAUCAAUUUACUGCCCAGUGAUUAUCAGUGCCUUAGUGCACUUCCCGCCAAACAUGACAAUUGACGUUUCUGUCAAACGUUCGAAAUUCGAAUUGUGAAAAGACUGAAUCUUUGUCAUUGGCUUAAGAAUGAAUUUAAUACGAUGGCCGUUACGUGUAUACGAGCAUAAUUCGGAUAUUUCAAGGCCUGCGCAGACGAGGCAGUUCUCUGCCUUUUAGACAUAUGAGAAACUAAUAUAAGAUAGAAUGAGACAGAAGCUUGGUUUGAAGGUUUCUUGUUCUUUCUUGUGCUUGCGGUAACUGUCUCUACGGAUCUAUAGAUAGAUUGAUUGCCACUCAACUAAAAAUAUCUCUAGUAUUUUUACUCUAUUCUGGCUUUGUGUUGGGUUGUCACUCGUUUGCACGGGCCUUUUAAAGAAUUUUGACAGAAUCGUCCGUUAAAAGUUCGGCUUAAGAGGUCUGUAAACAGUCCGACUUGAGUCGAGUACGUAUAUUUUGCUGCUUACAACACAGACGCUGCAAAAUACGCGUGCAUGUUCAAGUUGCUUGACCGUGUACGGAGCCUGUUACAGUAGCAGGGUAAACGCUGUUACCAUAUACAAGUGUUCCCAAAUGUAUAACUUAAUGUUGUAUCACAAGAAUUCUUGUAUAAAUGUAUUUGUACAUUUGAUAUUAAUAUUUAAUGCUUAUUUAUUAUAAGUUUGUAUAUUUACGUACUAAGUUAUUGUAAUAGUGUAAAAUGUGUAUUUUCAUUUAAAGGUGUAAUCAUACGAGUGUAAAAUAACAGUAAUACAUUGGUAAAUGAUACAAUACAAUAUUCUAUUGAAAGAAUGCGUCACAAAGGUUUUAAGAGGUAUCUCUAUAGAAUAUGCUCUUCAUUGUAUAAUAAAAAUUUUUCAUUAGGAAUGAAGUUUUUCUAUGAAAUUUAUAUCAAUAAUAAAGUUGUACGGGAACUAUGAUUCUUGAGCAAUUUAAGGCUGGAUUAAUGUUGUUGAAGCCUUGAGGCAUAGACAACCACUGUGCUUAGAAUCCACAGAGAAUCUCUAAAUAAAUAAAUACUUAUUUAAUCUCUACGCUAUAUACACUCAUAUGAAUACACUUUUAAAGUUUUUAUUACUAUAAAUAUCAGCAAAUAACUUGACCGCCAUCUUAAUACCACGUGACUUGCGCAGAAGCAAUUUACGUAGUAGAUCGUCCACUGCGCAAGUUUAAUUAUCUAUAAUUGGCAGGUUGUUUGCUGCGAACUGUAUAAUCUCGCUAUCGUGCAAGUAUACAAGUACUGUAUAGUAGACACAUGGUAAUGUUAAAACUGUUAAAAACCUCAGGAUUCUCAAGUAUGAGCUAUAUCUCAUGAGUCCUCAGGAAUGGCAAUGCAUGGGGUGUAUCAUGGGCGAAACAGUAUAUUCUGUUAUGUCCAUGGCACUGUUCAUGUCUAUAGGCGACGGUUCCACUUUCCAUCAGGUGGGCCGUCAGCUUGUUUGCCAUUCUAAGUAGCGUAAAAAAAAAAUUGUCAACGUCUCUGUCGCAUGUCAAAAUUCAAACUUAGUUAAAGUAUUUUAUGUUUGUGAAAAAUAAAAACGAUUAAAUGAACUCAGAACUAUAAUGUUUCAUGUUCAAAGGCAUUAUUUAUUAUAUUAGCCUUUAACUGUCCACUGGUGAACAUAAGCCUCCCCUUUGGGGUUUUUGCCAGUAGUUGCCAUGCUUGGCAGGCGGCUUGGCAACUGUAGUCAGGCUCUCUCAGGCAAUCUCUCUAUCUAUUAACCCAUAAAUGCCUGAAGUUUCAAAUUUGAUACCGGUGUUUGCAUUGUUUCAUUGAUAAAUAAAUAUUUUGAUUACCGUAAUGCUUAAAGUAUCAAAAAUGAUACCAAAUGUUUUUUUUUUCAAAAUAAAUAUAUAAAAAUAUC